UAUACCCAAAUGACGCGAGAGCAGCAUUAAUCCGUUAUGCAUAAAUCCAGCAACGUGGGCGAUUGUCGGAUUGUCGAAUUGUCGUCGUCGUCGUCGUCGUCGUAGGCACGGCCAAUUGCGAGUGCUCAAAUACUUUCAAUUGUCGCUUUGUCGCCAUCUAAAGCAUGCGUCUCCAACUCCAACUGCCUUGCUUCCCCUUCGCCCACGCUUCCCCCAUUCCCUCCCUCAUGACACAUACAUAGCUGGAAGCAGCUGCAGAGGCCGUGGCCAAAUAUAAAAGCAACAAGACGCUCGGCCCGGCGUUUCUUUUGCCAAGAGACAAUGCCGAGAAGCGUGCUUAACAUUCAACACUGGCCAACAGCACGGCUGAGCAGCACACUCAGCCUGCUGUCGCUGUUGCUUCUGCUGCUGCUCAUGAACAUGGACACGAAACUGACGACGGCGGCGACGCCGACAGCGACAACCAAGAGACGCUUUCAACCGGCAGUUCCGCCCGCGCCUCGCUGGGGAGCCAACAUGCAAAUGCUGCGACGUCACAACAGCGCCGCCUUUGACUACUGGACGGAGGACAGUGACAGCAACAUUUGGGAGCACUGCGGCCUCUUCGAGGGUGACAUUAUGCUGCACCGUGAAUUCCUGCGCAACGGGUUGCUCAACGAACGACAGACGUGGCCCGAUGCCGCCGUGCCGUUCUACAUUGAUCCUCAGGAUUUCACGGCCAACCAGACAAUGGUCAUACUCAAGGGACUGAAGGAGUACCACGAACGCACCUGCAUCCGUUUUCGACCCUACGAGCAUGGCGACAAGCAUUGGCUACUGAUCAAGGGCAACUACUCCGGCUGCUGGUCGAGCGUCGGUCGGCGUCAAGGCGGACAGAUACUCAAUCUCAAUACGCCCAAAUGUGUGACGCAUGGCGUUGUCGUCCAUGAGCUGUUGCACGCUUUGGGCUUCUAUCAUCAGCAGAGCGCCACGGAGCGCGACGAGUACGUGAAGAUCAACUGGGAGAACAUCUUGGAUGGCCAUGCGCACAACUUUAACAAAUACGCGCGCACACACAUCACCAACUUUGGCGUGGAGUACGACUAUCAGAGCGUCAUGCACUACAGCUCGCGGGCAUUCAGCAAGAAUGGCAAUCCCACCAUCGAGCCACUGGAUCCGUACGCAUCGUUGGGCCAGCGACGUGGCCUCUCCGACAAAGACGUCUCCAAGUUGAACGAGAUGUAUGAGCAGGACUGCAACGGAAGUUACCUCUUGGGUUUCGACACCUUUGGCAACUACCUGAACGACCUGAUCGAUUACUUUCAAGGCAAUCUACAGGAUCUGUUCGGCUAG